CCGGCUUCCCACCCCGGGCCGGGGACAGGGCUGCGGUGCGGCGCGCCGGGGGCGUGGCCUGGGAGUCCCCGGGAGGGGAGGACACUGUAUGUCCUUGGGUGGAGAGGGGAGGUGACUCCGGCCGAAGAGGAGGACGCAGAAUGAGGGCCCUGCGGGUCUCCCCGGCGCUGGUCCGCUCCUUCAGCUCAACCGCCCGGAACCGCUUCGAGAACCGAGUGGCCGAGAAACAGAAACUCUUCCAGGCGGACAAUGACCUCCCGGUGCACUUGAAGGGCGGGGCAACCGAUAACAUCCUGUACCGAGUGACCAUGGGGCUGUGUCUGGGCGGCACCGCCUACAGCCUGUACUGCCUUGGCUGGGCCUCCUUCCCCCACAAGAAGUGAGACCAAGAAGCCUACAGGACCUGAAACAGUAUCAAUAAACGUGUUGCUUCUUGGGGAACCCGGCCCAGCUCUGA